AUGAGCAUUGAAAAUCUCAAGAGGGCUACCAGCAACAGCUACAGGUCCAAAUUGACGCAAUCGGAGUCCAUCGACCCAUCGCAAGUCGCUCUUCCUGCAAGCGAAUCUCACCCACCAACACCACCUGGAACCCCAGUUCCCGAGUCUAGGGCUGCGGGAUCGACGCAAACACCUCUCAGGCCCCAUUGCCACGGAGCCUCCGACGGCUAUUCGAACAUUGCAGUCAUGACACCCGUUCUCGAAGCCGAACUCAAGGACAGCACUCAGAACGUUGAUCCCGGGUUCUUUCAGCGUGUGGUCAAGCAGAGAGUUUGGCGUACUGGAGUCACCGAUACCGCGAUCACAGAGUUCGUCCAAAACUCUGGACUCUACGACAACGACACCAAGAGGUGGAACGACAUCAAUGAAACGACUAUCGAAAAAACGCUUUAUGAGCCUUUCCAUCAAAUAUUCCAGGAGGUCGUCGCCACAUUCAAGCUGGAGGAGCGCGAGGCCAUCCCUACGUACAACAUCAAGAUCCAACAUAUCGAGGGUGAUACAGGCGACAGCUCACUUAAGACGUCUCCUGACCUCUUCAUCUAUGGGUCCGGGCGCAAUUUCCACUCGGAGAAUCUCAAGCUGGAGGAGGACAAGGAAAAGGCGAACUACAAGUACUGCGCGUCGCCUUGCGGAAUCAAGACGGAGCAUAACUUGAAGGACAAAGUUGUGACGCAGGUUGGGGUAUAUGCUCGCCAAUGCUUCAUGCAGCAGGGAAACCGUCGAUACGUCUACUCUCUGGUGAUGACGGAGAAGCGUGCUUUCCUCCUACAGUUCGACCGCAAUGGGGUUUUGCGCAGCCAAUUCAUCGACAUUCACGAGAACCCCAAAGACUUUGUCUACCUCAUCCUCCUCGUUUCUUCUCCCAAUUGCACCACUCUUGGAUUCGACACCAGCGUCUACUGGAAGGACGACAAACGAUAUAUUCGAACCUUCAAUGAGAAGGGCAAGCGAGUCUCAUAUGAGAUUGUAGAUGCAAAACCUUUCUUUCAGCGGCGUACGAUUCGAGGACGUGGAACGCUUUGCUGGCUGGGUAGAGACCCUCGUGGCCGAUUGCGCAUCAUCAAGGAUUCCUGGCAGGCUCAAGGACGUGAGCCAGAGCAUACUCUUCUGACGAAGGUGAAGGGUCUCCCGGGCAUAGGGCAGAUGGUUGCUUUCGAGCCGGAGAACGUGACGAUCGCGGGUUUGAGGGGCAUGGAAGGUCAAGAGUGGCCUACUGGAAUGGUCGACCGCUUGUUCCGUCGCAUCGUCCUUAUGGCGUACAGCAAGCAGAUCAAUAAGUUUACGGACCGGAAGCAGUUUUUGUAUGCAUUUCGCGAUGCUGUGGCAGGCCACCAAAACAUGUGGGACAUCAACGUUAUUCACCGGGAUAUUAGCAUCAACAACAUUCUCAUCGGAGAGGAAGACGCUGAAGCGGGAUGGCGUGGUGUCGUUAUUGAUUUGGAUAUGGCCGUCUUUUGGGAGCGUAUGAUGACUAUGGCUGCAGUGGACUUCAGAACGGGCACAAGAGCUUUUCAGUCGCUUUGCGUGAUGGGAAGUGAAAACGAUCGAUUGGAAAAGUUGAUCCUCCUCCCCCACGACCAUCUCGACGACCUCGAAUCAUUUUUCUAUGUCUUCUGCUGGGUCUGCAUGCGCCACACCGCAGAUGGGAAACCUCUCGAAAAGCCACCCUUAACAGAUUGGGAGAGCGAGAACAUCCGGCUGGCUUUUUUAUCUAAGUCGGACUUUCUCUUAAAGGAUCCCGUUGCCCUUUUACACAACGAAGUCGUCAACAUCUUCGGGAAAGUCUUCCAGGGCCUGCUAGAUGCCCUGCGGGAAUUCCUGCGGGUGAAGCACUAUUGGAAAAUUGUGAACAGGGCCACUAUGCCGAACACGAUGGAUACAAUGAGGCCGCAUUCGACUGAGCACUACGCAGAAUUCCUCAGACAUGUUGAUGCCGCGAUCAACGCCCUUGAGGAGGAAGAGGUCGAGCCGUCUUCGAGUUCUCCUGCGCCUUCGCCACCGCCCGAACUCGCAUUGUCGUCUCCCCAUUCCAGCCAGCAAGCCGAAUCAUCCAACGCCCUGAAGCGCACCCGAGACGAGCGAGAUGCGGAUGCAGCUGAGAUGGAUGUUGAUGGAGAGGAAGUACCACCAGCGUCGAAGAGGUCCCACAUCAGCUCAAUGUCGACCUCACAAACUGGGGCAACACUGAUGGCAGCGGCUGCCGGCGUCGCUGCCCCUGCUCCGAGGCGAUCCUCGAGGCAGCGAACUGGGUCCGUUCAAUCAGUGCAAGCGAACGUUGAGGCUAGACGAUCGACAAGAUCGAGGAAUGGAACGAGGUCAACCCAACCAGCAGGGGCUCCCGUCAAUAACGGCGCUUCGUCCUCCAACGGAACUCAAUCUAGGCCGCGUAACGGUUCGGCGGGCUCAGGUGGGAGGCAGACAAGAAGUAGGGCAGGAUCCGGAGGAGCUAGAAAUGCAACGAGAGCGAGGGCGCAAUCGGGAGGGACAAGCGGUGAAUCUUCUGGCGUGACGGGUCUUCGACGUGGUCGUUCGGCUACACGCAAAGGGGGCCAAACAAACUCCUCGAUUGUGGCCUUCGUUGAAAGAUCCGGUCUCUACAAUCGCGCCACUGAACGCUGGAGCAAGUUCGACGGCGUGACCGACGCGGAUCUCUGUGCCCCACUCCUCCAGAUAUUCAGAAAUGUUAUCAAAAGUUUUGGCAUUAAGAAACGUAACGUUAUAAGUAUGCAUUCCACGAAGCUGGGCGACGGCGACUGCUCCUGGAACAUCUACCCUACAUCGCCGAAUACUCUUCCUGGUCUAAUUAUAUUUGGCUCGGGGCCCAACUUCCACCCCGGGAAAGCGACGCCGAAACCGACAGACUAUAUGCACUGUGCCUCGCCCUGCGAGGUUACGACUGAAGCCAACUUGCAUGAGGACGUCGUGAUCCAGGCCAGUGGUCAUCAUGUCGGUAUCAACAACAUCCUCAUCAGCGAUGAUAAUGCAGAAGACGGCUCACGAGGGACACUUAUCGACCUAGACUUGGCGACUUGCUUCGGGCCUGACAUUAGGCUGCCCAACCCCGACAAUAGAAUGGGUACGCUGGAGUACCAAUCUAUCUUCAUCAUGAUGUCCGAAGAGGAAAAGGAAGAAAACCCACCCGCCGUUCUCAACAAUCGAGAGGUGGGAGAGCGAACACCUCAUUGUCCGACUGGGAAGACGGACGUUCCUGUUGAUGGACGCCGAAUGCUCUUUGAUGGUCUCCAAGCAUUAAUGAAGGAGCUAUUUCGGUGGAAAUUCAAUCAGAGGAAGGAGGGCAAGUUGCCGGUCUCGUACGAGGAGAUGAACGUACUCGCGAAGGAGCGCUAUGCGAGGAGGCAUGGACAAGGCACUCCGCACCAACCAGCUCCCUUGUCAUCUCAUAAAUCUGGUCAUGCCGCCGGUGUGAAGCGAAAGCGCGAGCAGCGAGAUGACGACGACCUGGUUGUUAGUGCAUCGCAGGCUCCAUCGUCGAAGAGGCCAUGGACACGGUUGGAAACCGCAAGAUUGGCCGAGGAGAAGGAGAAUAUGAAACCUCAGACGAGGUCGCGCGCCAAAGGGACCAAGACUGCAAGGAAGGCGGCGACAAGGUACGCCGAGCCGAAUGGCCUUCGACGCGGCCAUGUCUCGUCGCAUACGAUUCCCCCCUAG